ACUUGUAAAAAAAUCCCCUCGACAGAUAUCUCCCAGGAAUUCGGUUGUCAUGAUCAGCUUGCACAUACCCCAACCCCCCACACACUUCCCAGGACAAAAGUAGCACAAUUCUUAAGCACCCACGUGGAAAUUUGGCUCCCUUUGCCUAUUUUGGGCAUCCUUCUCCUCAUCAUUUACAAAAGACCAGGUCUUGUAAGGAGGAGGAGUUAUGAGGUAUCCAAGAGCACUCUUCUGAAUGGGGGAUUCCAUCACUAGGUCUUAUUCAGGGAACACAGGAGACCUCCUCCCAUGGUCCCUUCUGCACCAUCAGGUCCCAGAUGAGGCAGUGUGUGAGGCGGAGGUCUGGGAUUGGCUCCUACCGUCUUCGCUCCUGCUCCCUCCUCUAGGCAGCUCCCAGCUGGGCUGGAUGCAGAGUCUUGCAGAUUCAUCCCUGACCCUGCAGCAAAGGAAUUCUGCUUGCGUUACCACGAGCCAGCAAACAGAAGGAUGCUGGGCUGGAUCAAACAACCAGCUCUUAUUCUUUCUCACUCCACCCUGAGGGUUUGAGCAAGGUGCAGAGACUAUGCAAUUGAGCUGGCCUCUGUAUCUUUACCAGCUUGUGUGAGAUCAUAAACUCUCCUUACCCACAGGCAUUGGGACAUCUAGGAUCCUCAGUCUCUUGUUCUUAUCUCUUUUCCCUUCUCCUCUGCUUACUGUCUGGUCACCUGGAGCUCCAGAGGGCUGACUUGGAUUCAAAGACUGGAAUGGGCCCUGGGUGUGGGGAUUGCAGCAGCUGGAAAGGGGUGGGUGUGGCUCCAAGUUCCCACACUGGGUCUGACAGCCCUGGCUCCAUCACAGUGAGGUCGGCCACUGGCGAUGGAGAUGCGUUGUGUGUUACAGAAGAGGAGCUGGCUGGUGACGAUGAGGACAUGCCGACCUUCCCAUGCACACAAGAAGGCCGGCCGGGGCCCCGCUGCAGCCGCUGCCAGAAGAACCUGUCUUUGCACACAUCGGUGCGAAUUCUUUACCUCUUCCUGGCCCUGCUCCUGGUGGCCGUGGCCGUGCUGGCCUCUCUAGUUUUCAGGAAAGUGGACUCUCUCUCAGAAGACAUCUCCCUGGCCCAGGCCAUUUAUGACAAGAAACUUUUGUCUAUGCAGGAAAACCUCCAAGGACUGGAUCUGAAAGCCCCAAACAACUGUUCUUUCUGCCACGAGGCUGGGCAGCUGGAGCAAGAAAUCAGAAAACUGCAGGAGGAGCUGGAGGGAAUUCAGAAGAUGCUCCUGGCCCAGGAGGUACAGCUGGACCAGACCUCUCAGACCCACGAGCUGCUCUCCACCACCAGCAGUCAGAUCUCCCAGGAGAUGGGCAGCUGUUCCUUCUCCAUCCACCAGGUCAACCAGUCUCUGGGGCUCUUUCUUGCCCAGGUGAGAGGCUGGCAGGCCACCACGGCCGGCCUGGACCUCUCUCUGAAGGACCUCACCCAGGACUGCUAUGACGUCAAGGCUACAGUCCACCAGAUCAACUUCACUGUGGGGCAGACCUCGGAGUGGAUCCACGGGAUCCAGCGCAAGACUGAUGAGGAGACCCUGACCCUCCAGAAGAUGGUCACCGACUGGCAGAACUACACCCGGCUCUUCAGCGGCCUGCGCACCAUCUCAGCCAAGACCGGAGAAGCGGUCAAGAACAUCCAGGCCACCCUGGGGGUCUCCUCGCAGCGCAUCAGCCAGAAUGCUGAGAGCGCGCACGACUUGGUGCUGCAGGUCAUGGGCCUGCAGCUGCAGCUGGACAACAUCUCGUCCUUCCUGGACGACCACGAGGAGAACAUGCACGAUCUGCAGUACCACACCCGCUAUGCCCAGAACCGCACUGUGGAGAGGUUUGAGACGCUGGAAGGACGCAUGGCGUCACACGAGAUCGAGAUCAGCACCAUCUUCACCAACAUCAAUGCCACCGACAACCACGUGCACAGCAUGCUCAAGUACCUGGAUGAUGUGCGGCUCUCCUGCACGCUGGGCUUCCACACGCAUGCCGAGGAGCUCUACUACCUGAACAAGUCCGUCUCUCUCAUGCUGGGCACCACAGACCUGCUCCGGGAGCGUUUCAGCCUGCUCAGUGCGCGGCUGGACUUCAACGUCCGCAACCUCUCCAUGAUCGUGGAGGAGAUGAAGGCUGUGGACACGCAGCAUGGAGAAAUCCUUCGCAACGUGACCAUCGUAAGAGGUGCUCCUGGCCCUCCAGGACCAAGAGGACUCAAAGGAGACAUGGGCAUGAAAGGACCCAUUGGCAGCAGAGGACCCAAAGGAGACCCUGGCAGCUUGGGCCCACCGGGACCCCAGGGUCCUCAGGGACAACCUGGAGACACAGGACCUGUGGGAGAAAGGGGUCCGGUUGGCCUUCGAGGUUUCCCAGGCCUCAAAGGCUCAAAGGGAAGCUUUGGAAAUGGAGGCCCAAGAGGACAGCCAGGCCCCAAGGGGGAUGUGGGGCCCGCAGGGUCAGAGGGAUCCCCAGGGUCUCCAGGACCCCCCGGGCCUCAGGGAAAACCAGGAAUUGCUGGGAAGACAGGGUCGCCGGGCCAGCGGGGGCCCAUGGGGCUUAAGGGUGAACCAGGGAUACAGGGGCCCCCAGGACUCCCAGGGCCCCCAGGCCCACCAGGAAGCCAGAGCCUCUACUAAAAGCCCCAGUCCCAGACACUGCUAUGCAGAAUGGCAGGAAGGGCCCCAGGGCAGAGCAAGCCGCCCAGAAAGCCAUACCUACAGAUAGUGGUGGUAAUUUGAUCCCAAAGGGGCUUCCCCCCACCGGCCUGCCCCUGCACCUAUGGGCUCCCCAGUACUGACUGUACCAUAGAAAGCAGCCCCUCACGCACACACGAACACACACACGUACACACACACACCUUUCUCUGCUGGCCAGGGGAGCCAACCAGGUUUCCCAGGCUGGGCAGGAGGAGAGGGCGGGAGGACACAUCCCCUGUCCUGUGACUGAGCCUGCCAGGGAGGUGACUACCUUGGGAAGAAGGUCUUGAACCUAUUUCUGAAUUGCUGACUCACUCAGUUUUCCAGCAUCUUCAGAACCAACCUAGCUAGCAGUUCCCUGUGGCUCCCAGCGGUUGGGAAGACUCAGGAAAACCUUUGCAGAAGAUGUAGUACAAACUCUAGGGACAAGAGGGAUUUGGC